CCUGAAGUCCGGAACACAGCGCGACCGGAAGCUUGUGUUUGCACAAAGCUAAGCUAUCGGUGGCUAGCCAGUUUGCUAUCGUAGUUUGGAUUCUGCUUUAAGCAACGAUCGGUUCUACAAUAACUGAAUUUAUUCUCCAGAGGAAUCCUGCUCUGUCAUCAAAAUGGGGAAGAGACAGCACCAGAAAGAUAAAAUGUACAUCACGUGUACCGAGUACACACAUUUCUACGGUGGGAAAAAAACAGAAAUUCCCCAGGCAAAUUUCAGACGCCUCCCCUUUGACCACUGCAGCCUCUCUCUUCAGCCCUUUGAGUACCCCAUGUGUACAGAAGAAGGAGUGGUGUUCGACCUGCUGAGCAUCGUUCCCUGGAUAAAGAGGUUUGGCACCAACCCCAUUUCUGGAGAGAAGUUGGAGGCGAAGAACCUCAUCAAGCUCAACUUCAGCAAGAACAGUGAAGGGAAAUAUCACUGCCCUGUUCUGUACAACGUCUUCACAAACAACUCCCACAUCAUGGCCAACAGGGUCACAGGAAACGUGUUCUCCCAUGAGGCGAUUGAGCAGCUGAACAUCAAAACCAAGACCUACAGAGAUCUACUGACAGAUGAACCAUUCAGCAGAAAGGAUAUCAUCACACUGCAGGACCCGACUAACCUGGACAAGUUCAACGUCUCCAACUUCUUCCACGUGAAGAACAAUCUGAAAGUGGUGGAUCCAGAUGAGGAGAAGGCCAUGCAGGACCCCUCCUACCACCUGAGGACCACAAACCUGGAGACCCAGGAGACGCUGGCCGAGCUGUACCGGGACUACAAGGGGGACGAGCUGCUGGCCUCCACCAUGAAGGGCCCGGAGAAGAAGAAAACAGACAAGCUCAACGCGGCUCAUUACUCCACAGGCAGAGUUUCGGCAUCCUUCACGUCCACAGCCAUGGCCCCCGAAACCACCCACGAAGCAGAUGCCAUUGCAGACGACACUGUGCGUUAUGGGUACGUGAAGAAGAAGGGUUAUGUGCGCCUGCACACCAACAAAGGGGACCUGAACCUGGAGCUCUACUGCGACAAGGUCCCCAAGGCUGGCGAGAAUUUUGUUCGGCUCUGCAAGAAGGGGUACUACGAUGACACCAUCUUUCAUAGAUCCAUCCGGAACUUCAUGAUUCAAGGAGGGGACCCUACAGGAACCGGCACAGGGGGCGAGUCCUUUUGGGGGAAGCCCUUUAAGGAUGAGUUUAGGCCCAAUCUGUCCCACACGGGCCGGGGGGUCCUGAGCAUGGCCAACUCCGGGCCCAACACCAACAAGUCUCAGUUCUUCAUCACUUUUCGCUCUUGUCCCUACCUGGACAGGAAGCACACCGUGUUCGGCAGAGUGGUGGGGGGUUUUGAGACGCUCACUGCCAUGGAGAACGUUGAAAGUGAUCCAAAAACAGACCUGCCCAAGUCAGAAGUGAAGCUGCUGAACGCCACUGUGUUUGUGGAUCCAUACGAGGAAGCCGACGCCCAGAUCGCUGCGGAGCGGGUGAAGGAGCUGCAGAAGCAGAAAGAGGAAGAGGAGGCUCAGAGCUCUCAGAGGAAAGUCAAAGAUGAUCAGCCCCCCAAGACCUUCCGGCCCGGUGUGGGCAAGUACAUCAACAAGGCAACAACGAAACGCUCAGCCGGGCAGGAGGAGGCUGGGCCUUCCACCAGCGCCGCCGCCGCCAAGAAGCCCAAGAGCAAGAGUGGCGGCUUUGGCGAUUUCAGCUCCUGGUAAAGCCACACCCCUCGCCUCAGCCCCGCCCCCUCACCCUCACCCCGCCUGUACCUGGACUGCUGUGGGCCCUAGUGCAGGCCCAACACUGCGGGGGUGUGAGGCGGAGAGCCGCAGGGGCUGCUGGGUAAUUUCACCAGUCCCAAGAAACCAGGUGAGGUGAAUUACCUGCAUUACCCGAGUAAUCUUUUAACCAAUGAAAAGCAGCAGACCCUGCAGCUUUCAGGACUAAGGUGGGCGGGCCCUGUUAUGAGGUGUCAUAAAGGUUUUAUUACUGAGCACAGUGUUGCCACGGUGAUGUGAUGUCAUACUCAUGAUUAGAGGACUGAAGUCACUCGGGCUGAACCGGGACAUGUACAGGUCUUCUAGGUCUUCACUGUAACAGUAACACUUUUCACCUCCUUAUUACAAACGUACAUUUUCUACUUUUUUAAACCGUUCAUUUUGUUCCUUGCUGAAGUAAUUUGCUGCACCCUGAAGUGCCGGAGUGUGGUGUGUUCUCGCACUGUCUGUGUGAAUCCUCCAUUCUCCUGGCCUCAUCUCAGCACUGCUGCAUGACUGAUACAGACAUGUCACCCCAAACUGCGGCUGGAACCCGCACUUUCUCUGAAACUGUAAAUAACAAUUCUGGCCAUUUCUUUGUGUGAAGCGUGAUGGUAAAAGUGGGAAGUCUCGCAGUGAGUCCUGCAGCUCUCUUCCGGAACCUUCCUGUAUUCGCCGGUGGAUGGGGGGCUGUGGGCAGGGUGGGGAAAUUAGAGCUGGUGGUAGCAGUAGAUCUCCACACUGCUGUAGGGAGGUGCGGGGGGGGUGCUGUAGGGAGGUGGGGGGGGGGGGCUGUAGGGAGGUGGAGUGCUCUGUAAAAUCCGCUGUUUUGUCCCCUGUGGUGUUUUUUUUAUGCCCCUGUGUUUCCCCCUCAGCUGGAGGGUGUAAUAAAAUGAGUUUUUCUUUAACAGGU